UCCCAUUUCGUCACAAACACGGACAGAUAAUCCCCUCUCCCUCCACUCAGCGUGUAGUUUCAUGUAGGAAUGUGAACACACCUCAUGUAGUUGUCAAGUAAUUAAUUUACAUGAAACUUCAGCUGCAAGGUGAGAGAGAGAGAGAGAGAGCGAGCUAGCCCCCUGGUGGGUAUUUAGCAUGCUAGUUGUCCUGUGUUUGCAGGCAGCUGCUGGCCGUUAACAGUUGGUUGAUUUAGAGUCCCUCAAUGACUCACUUGUUCUCUCGGUAUGCAGAUGAGUUUGAGAGCAAUACUGUUGCUCCUGUCUGUGCGCCUCCUCUCAGUGCAAUUUGUCUCGGCAUAUCCAGGGAGGGUGAUGGGAGAUGUAAGGUUAGGAAAAUGUCUCUUUUGCUUGCUGAGGCAAACAGUCACUAUUCCCAAAGGUGAGAGCUGAAACCUGCUCUGAGGUAUCGCUGCAUUGUGUUGCUUGCUUAAAGAGGACUGCAGUAUCAUAGGCUUCACUAUUGAUUUGUUAAGUAUAUCAGUGCUAUUUUUUUCUUGUGCUUGUAAUAUGAUAUCUUUAGAUAUUUGUUUUGUUUGGAGGUCAACUUAAUGAUUGCUUAUUUUCUUCUACUCAUGUCAUUUUGUAUUUUCUUGUCUUUCCUGUCCUUCCCCAUUCCCUUCAUGAUCAACCCACACACUCCUCCCUCUUUCGCUUCCCCUUCUCCCUCUCCAAAGUUGUCGCCCCGGUGGUGGAUGUCUCGUCGCCUCCGCCUGAGGUCGGAGGCCAGUCGGAGUCGGGAGGCGGCCCCUGGGCUUCAGCAGUGAUGCGCGCUUCGGUGGCAGGCUGCAGGAUGAGCGUGGGCGCGCUCCUCAACGGGCUGCUGGUCUCCGUGGUGGCGGCGCUCCUGUGGAAGUACUCCAAGCUGAGCGAGCACGCUGCCCUGCUGGAGGAAGAGCUUCACAUGACGCGGCAGUCUCAGGAAGUCUCCCAGGCCCGCAUUGACUACCAUGUGGCCCUGCAGGCUCUUCAGAAACACGGCACCAACAUGGUCUGCACUGGGAAGAUGCACACCGACCGCAUCUGCCGUUUUGACUACCUCUGCUACAGCUCAGAGGCCGAGGAAUUUGUGUUCUUCCACUCCAACUCCUCUGUCAUGCUGCCUAACUUGGGGUCGAGGCGCUUCCAACCCGCUCUGCUGGACUUGUCUUCAGUAGAGGACCACAACACCCAAUACUUCAACUUCUUAGAACUCCCAGCUGCUACUUUAAAGUAUAUGCCUAAGCCUGUGUUCGUACCAGAUGUAACACUGAUUCUUAACCGGUUUAAUCCCGACAACCUAAUGCACGUGUUCCAUGACGACCUGAUCCCAGCUUUCUAUACGAUGAAACAGUAUUCAGACUUGGAUGAUGAGGCGCGUUUGGUUUUCAUGGAGGGCUGGGGUGAAGGUCCACACUUCGACCUGUACCGACUUCUCAGCAGCAAGCAGCCUCUCCUCAAAGAACAGCUGAGGAACUUUGGCAAACUCAUGUGUUUCACUAAGUCUUACAUCGGUCUGUCCAAGAUGACCACCUGGUACCAGUAUGGUUUCGUCCAGCCACAGGGGCCCAAAGCCAACAUGCUGGUGUCGGGAAAUGAGAUCCGUCAGUUUGCCGUGGCUCUCAUGGAGAAAAUGAACAUCACGAGGGCGGAGGACGUUGAGAAGGAGGGAGCGAGUGCGGAAGAUGAGAAGGAAAAAGAGAAAAGGGAUGAAUACGUCGUUGUGUUUAGUCGUUCAACAACGAGGCUGAUACUGAAUGAAGCGGAGCUAAUCAUGGUGCUGGCCCAGGAGUUCCAGAUGAGAGUGGUCACUGUGUCCCUGGAGGAACAGUCGUUCCCCAGUAUUGUCCAGGUAAUCAGCGGUGCUUCCAUACUGGUCAGCAUGCACGGGGCUCAGCUGGUCACCUCGCUCUUUCUCCCCAGGCGAGCGACUGUUGUGGAGCUCUUCCCGUUCGCUGUGAACCCGGAGCAGUACACGCCCUAUAAAACCCUGGCCUCCCUUCCAGGCAUGGACCUGCACUACAUCUCCUGGAGAAACACUAUGGAGGAGAACACCAUCACCCACCCAGACAGACCCUGGGAGCAAGGGGGCAUCGCUCACUUGGAGAAGGAGGAGCAAGAGCGAAUACUCGCGAGCAAAGAUGUCCCCAGGCACCUCUGCUGCCGCAACCCAGAGUGGCUCUACCGGAUCUACCAGGACACUCUGGUGGACAUCCCUUCCUUCCUGGAAGUCCUCAAAGAGGGAAUGAAAACAAAGCCCAGCAUGAAAAAGUCAAAGACGGCGAGCAUAGUCCACCCAGGCCGGGUCAGAGAACCACAGUGUCAGACCUCAGUACAAACCACUAACGAGGCGAAACUCACCGUGUCUUGGCAGAUCCCGUGGAAUCUAAAGUACCUAAAAGUGAGGGAGGUUAAGUACGAGGUUUGGAUCCAGGAGCAGGGAGAGAACACCUAUAUGCCUUAUAUCCUUCCCCAACAGAACUACACUUUUUCAGAAAACAUUAAGCCCUUCACCACAUACCUGGUGUGGGUGAGGUGCAUCUUCAACAAGAACCUCCUGGGCCCUUUCGCAGAUGUUCUCAUGUGCAGGACCUAGGGCGAGCACCUUUCCUGUUGGUUGCUGCGCAGUUUUUUUCACAGAAGUGGAGUCCUGCCUGUUCCAAACAAUCAUGAUGGAAAUUCUGUUUUUCCCGAACACAGGUGAUGCGGCUGUUGAACUAUUGCAAGGUCGUGUUUCUUUGGCCACCAAAUGAAACAUAGAAGACUCGUGGAUAAAUUGCAAAAAAAAAAUAAAAAACUUGAAGCACAGGGUCUGAACUCAAUGGCAACAGCCAUUAUUGAAUGGAAAUGUUAUUUCCUGCACCUUUGAAAGAAAGAAAGAGCUAAACCGUGUCUGUACGGAAACUCCCAGAAUUCAAAUCAACAGAUUUAUUUAUGUGCAAAAUAAUAUAUAAUGUUUCUAUAGUAUUAGUCAAAAACACUGAUUCUUAACCUUUUACAGUAUGCAAUGUAGCUUUUCUGUUGAGAGAGAGUUUAUAGAAUAGAGAGACUUUUUAUGUUUCUGACUUGUCUAGUGUCGUGUAUGUGCGUGCGUGCGUGUGUGUGUGUGUGUGUGUGUGUGUGAUACCUGUGUGGCUCAUUUACCUAUCAAUCGUUCAAUUACAUCCUCAGUAUUCUGCAGAAACUAGCCAAAACCAAAGCAACUUUUUCCACCUGAUUUCAGCCAAUCAUCAUUCAUGCCAUUACCUUCUUAUGUUAUAGAUCUCUCAUACCUCUGAUGUUGACUCAAAAACUGUACAUGUUGUGUCAAAAAGUUUCCAGGAGGAGGUUUAAUGAAUGCCGCGGGUAAUGUUGUUGGAGUCAGAAUACUGAAUGAGCCUUUUGAAAGAAAGACAAACUCGACGCAGCCACAAAUAAUUCAAGUCCAUUUUACUGCAUGAAUAAAAGAUUUUGUCUAAUUGUCACA